CAUAACAGUGGUGAGGAUUGUUAGAAAAACCAUAGCAAUCAAUGGAGAAAAUUGAUACUAGGAAAAACAAGAUCCUGAUAUUAGGAGGGAGUGGUUACAUAGGAACUUACAUGGUGAAAGCAAGCCUCAAACUAGGGUACCCAACUUAUGUUUUCUCAAGGCCUAACUCCUCCAAAACUGACCUCCUCAACCACCUCCAAUCCUUGGGAGCCAUCAUAGUCAAGGGAAUGCUUGAUGAGCAUGAGAAGCUUGUUUCAUUGAUGAAGAAGGUUGAUGUUGUGAUAUCUGCAGUUGCAUACCCUCAAGUUCUUGACCAGUUCAAGAUUUUGGAGGCUAUCAAGAUUGCUGGAAACAUCAAGAGAUUUUUGCCAUCCGAUUUCGGGGUGGAGGAAGACAAAAUUAGGGUAUUGCCGCCAUUCGAGGUGUUCCUGGACAAGAAGAGAAGAAUCAGAAGAGCAAUUGAAGAAGCACAAAUUCCAUACACCUUUGUCUCUGCAAAUUGCUUUGGAGGUUACUUCAUCAACUAUUUGCUCCAUCCUUCCGAUCCAAAUAAAGAAGAGAUCACUGUUUAUGGCGACGGCCAAGCUAUAUUUGUGAUGAACUACGAAGACGACAUCGGGCUCUACACGAUCAAAGUUGCGAACGAUCCAAGAACGUGCAACCGCACCGUGAUAUUCAGACCUUCGACAAACGUACUAACACAACUCGAGUUGAUUUCACUGUGGGAGAAGAAAUCUGGAAGGAAUUUCAAAAAGAUUCAUACAUCGGAAGAAGAAAUUGUGGCCCUUUCAGAAAGGCUGCCGGCCCCAGACAAUAUACCGGUGGCUAUCCUGCACAGUGUGUUCAUAAAAGGCGUGACGACGGGCUAUGAUUUUGCGGAGAAGGACGUGGAGGCUUCGUCUCUCUAUCCGGACAUGAAAUUCACUACCGUCGACGAGCUUCUCCACAUUUUUCUCAAAAAUGAUGGGCCAAAGCCUGCUUCGUCUGCAUUUCAAUGACUCACACAAAGCCAAAUUUGAUUUUUGGCUUGAUUUGCAGUUUUUAUUGAAUUAAUACGACUGCCAACAUUUACCAAUACACAUCGUUCAUGGUGCUUUUAUUUAUCUACUAAGAAUGCUUCUUUGUUGCUGGAAAUUAAAUCAACAUUUAUGUGUGAAAGUUGUAGAUUAA